UUAAACUAGAAAAUGAAAUGUCUAGAAAUGGCUCUUGUCUCAGUCACCACCGCAAAUUCUUCGAAGUUCAUUCUCUUACGCACUCUCUCUCGUUCUCACGCUUUCUCCUUCGCUCUCCACCGUCAAUUCCAACUACUCUCGUCUUCCUCCGCUGUGCUCCGCCGUCUUCCCCGGUUCCUCGCCGCUUCCCCCGGUUCUCCGCUCCCACCUUCCGAAAACGAUUCCAGCAGGCACCUUGAAGGAGCAGAUGUUGCUACAUCUUUAGCCAAAAUUCAAGAUAGAAUACAGAUCUUCUUUGCUGUUCUUUUCUGGAUAUCUCUAUUCUUUUGGGCUUCUGCCUGGGAUGGGAGGAAUAGACCAAACAAGGGAUCAAGAUUUAGAAGAUAAUAUAAUAAGCAUUUAAUAUGUAUAUAUUGAAUAUAUAGCUUAGGGGGACGACAGAAUUACAGCAACAGAAAAAAAAAGUAUGAAACUGUGUCGUAUAAGUAUUAUUCUCAGUAAAAUUUCUGCUUUAGAAUAUUCCACGUGCUAAUCACUCUGGAAACUUGAGAUAUUUUUUUAUGUUGACUUGUUUUGCCAGAGUCACAGCUGGUAUAGUCUGUGGAAAAAGAAGUGCCUUUUUCUAGAGUGAACAUUAUUUAUUUAUGGAUGGUUUAGAAGUCAGUAUUAUGUGUUUCAAUGAGAUGAUAUUUUCGCAUA